AUGCUACCAUCAGAGACUGGUCUUCACAUCUCACCUGUGUUCUCCCCAAAGCUCAGUAGGAGCAUCGUGGAUGAUGGGGGCGUAUCAGCUGCAUCUGGCGAAGAGCAAAUUCAAGCUGCAAGUUUCGCUCGAAAGAUAUCAUCAAGAGCUCUUUACAACACACCCGCUACACCUCAGUGUACUAUUGGCUGUAAUUCAAUGAUAGAAUGUUCUUUGUGUGGAUGUGGUCGCGUCUCGCUCGCGUCUUGUAGCGAAAGUCCUUUGUUAGAGCUCGGCCCAGGACGAUACUCUGGAUUAACUCUUUAUCCCCGGCCACUGUUUACACCAGUGACCCCGAAUAGCGCAAGAGUAAACAUUCACCGCCAACCUCGCACACAAUCACAGCUCCCAGGCAUACAAGGCAAUAUUACUGAUCCUACUGACCUUGAGGAAGAUACGCGAGUCUCUAUUCUUGGCUUGCGUGAAGGGAUUACUAGGAGGUUAGAGGAGACAGUUGUGCCGCAGAAUUCUGCGCGCCAGUCCCUAAAGAUGCGGAUGCUUCUGGAGGACGUGGAGGAGUUGAUUCAAGUGACUGACGCGGCCUUGAAAGAGGUAGAAGUCGCCCUCGCCGACGCGAAAGCUGCUCCCAAGCUCUGGCGUCCCACAACUCCGCCAAUAGAUAUAUCACAAGGGGAGGGCAGUUCUCAGAGAGUGCUGCCUGCUGCUGCUCAAAGCUCCCUAGCAAUUCCUGAGGUCGCUGCGCAAAAGCCGCUGAAGGCUACACAAACCCUGAGACGAUCAACAGCAUUGAGCUCAAAGCAUCAUAGCAAGAAGUCCAUUGAGAAGAAGCAAAAGAAGGAAUCAAGUGUGUUGAAGAACCUUCAGCGAAGCCGCGCUAGGUCUUCUGAGCGUCGCCUUUCGAAAUGGACUCUAACAGAAUUUACAACAAGUAUUGCGGACGCUUUCAAGCUCAAAGGGUUAGGGAAGAAAUACCGUGGGAUAGAAGGGGAAAAAACGUUGACUCCAGAAAGAAUAAAGGAGAUUCGGCAAGCAGCAGUGUCAAAGGAUACAGCAAGAAACUCUGCGGACUCGACCAGAAGCAACAGCUCAGCCAGGUCUGACACGCCAACGGAUCCAUUUCAUUUGGAAGAGCUGGCCUCUAGACUGGAUGCUAACCUAGAAAGAAGAACAUCAGAAUCCAGGCAGCAAAAGCUGUACUCAGAUAUCCAAUCUCUGAUUGACGAGCUUGAAGUGGUCAGGGGGCCGGACGAAGCUACCCCGACAGAGGAUCACGAAUUGCUCCUUCCCCUGACGACAGAAGCACCCCUUCUCCCCGCGCAUCUACGCACGAAUAUCCACAAGGAAUCGAAUUCCAUGAAUAUGGUUCUACCCACUAUCGGAGAACUAUCGCCGUUCAACUUCUCUACAACCCGUUUCCCAUACGGCACUCCUUCCCAAUCUCCAACGGUAGCAACUGGCUCUGGAGCGGCAUCUAAGUUCAUAAACAAAAAGACACCGCUUCCACAAAACGACCAAAAGAACACAUAUCUUCCGUCCACUCUUUACACUCGGCUGUCUCCGCAAUUUCUUCAAGGGCCCAUCCAAAUUUCCAAUAGCAGCAUAAAGGCACGUCGGCUAGAAAAGAGCUAUUCUCCUUUACACACCAUGUGGGAGCAAGAAGAGCCAGUAGACUGGAACGCAUUUCAGAUGGCCACACUUGGCAACUCUCUCCCAGCAAACGAGUCAAAAAGCGAAGAAGACGAGGAUACUAAAGAGGAUCUUUGCGAGUGGUGGGAAGCUCUCGCUGUUGGUCCUCCUGGAAAGCUCGUUAAGGGGCAAGACAAGGAUAAGCCGGAGGCUAAGAGUUCUGCUAGUUCAGGCAUAUUGGAGGUGGACGAGAUAGCUAGGGGAGAUAUGGAUAAAGACGCCAAACAAAGGGCAGAAGCUUACUUCCGUGAGCUCCAGGAGUUGUCUUCAACUAUGGCCAAAUCGGCAUCACCACUUCGGGGCCAGUCUCGUCAGCGCAAGCCGCGGCCAUUUGAUUUGGGCCACCACAACAGAAGAGAACUUGAUUCUACAUCUACGACGGCCAUCAACUCUCCAGAGACACCAGGAAGUCUGCCACCGAGCCCAAUGUUUGAUCUAGCGGCGGCUGGUGAGACGAGCAAGUCGGGAAAGGUUGAAGAGGCUCGUGUUCCAAUGGGCUUUAACCUAGGACAUGACCUGGGCGAUUAUUUGAAUUGGGAGGCAAGACAUGUUCCUGCGGAGGACAAUCCGCUGAUGGACGAUAUCUACGACUCAUGA